AUGGCGCGCGAGCUCUCGGAAACGGAGCGCGAGGCUUGCGCAGAAUUCGGAAGACUUCUCGAAGAAGAAAGACAGGCCAUUACCGACCACCAGCUCGCUUUGAGUCUGUCCGGCUUGAGCACCGAUGACCCAGAGUACCUACUCAGCUCGACUUACGCUACGAACCUGACGAACGAUCGCUUCCUCGAUACCAAUGAGCGAUGGGCUCGUGCGAAGGAGCUCUACGCAGAGAUGCACGCAUGCGAAAUCGCAUCGCAAGCGUCAAUCGAGCCCGAUGGGCCAAGCGAUACCGAAGAAGACGUAACUGAGAACGACUCAGAACCAGACCCGGAAGAGCCCCUCAUCCUGUGCGAGGCGUGUCUCGACAAGAUACCGCCCGUAGACACUCUGACGCUUGAGUUGCAAACACCGCGCACACGACGGAUUGUGUCCGAGUGA